UCUGUGUCGCGUGCACGUGUUGUGAUUUGCUCUCGACAUCAGUGGAGCUUAGUUGUCGCACGUUGACCAGGAUUGGCGACCAGCACAAUGCGCCUGCUGGGGUUACUGACUGUCCUCUCGCUGUUGGUCCACGUGUGGGCCAAUGACGGUGAGGCAGAAAAACCUGACGUGGCGGUGAAAGCCUUGGAGAUCGACGGCAAGGCUGUUGCACAAGACAGAUCUUCAGACGCGGCUUACAUGGACGAAAGUCAUACCCCUUCGGACCAAAUGGCUGUAGAGUCUAUUGAUCGUCACUAUUCUGUGCAAGCUCCUCCACCUCAGCAACUUAUGCAGGGAGGUCCUAUCCCGUUCCCAGUGUCUCUUGCGGCCAAACCAGGCAGUCUUGUUCUCCCAGGCCAUCCUUACCUCCAGCAACCUAGACGUCCGGUUUAUGGCAUGCCGCACCACAGGCGAAAUUUCCCUCCUCCAGCUGUGGCUAAGAUUCCUCAUCCGGUACGACCUAGCUAUUCACCGGCUCCUGCGUUGGGUCAGAUCCCAAGGCAACAGGCCCCCCGAUUCGCUCAAUUCAACCCUCCUCCACCUCGAUCAUUUAAUCCUACUCCUCACCCAUUCAACAUUCCACCCCCUACAGCAAGAGCAAGUUUUCCUAAUCACAAUGGAGUAUUAUUAAAUGUUCCCACUGGAGAACCCGUAUACCAGCCGCCGCCACCACCACCUCCUCCUUCUCAUCCUUCCCCUGCAGCGGCUCCACCGCCCCCUCAAAAUUCACUUCAGAACGAAGGACCUGAUUUUGGAGAACCUAAAAAUAAUGAUUUAAUAGAAGAAAGUGAAUCUUCCAGGGUGGUUCAAGCCCUAAGCCCGCCACCACAAGUACCAACUCCUUUGUCACAAACAGCAAAAAAACUCAACAUUGAACAAGAUCAAUAUGUCCCACCCGCCCAAAUUGAACCUCGUCAGCCAAUUUCUAACAGCAAAGAUCAAAUUGCUGUAGAAAGUCACCGGGAAAAUGUAUACGUACCACCAACAGCCGGGGGCCCAAUUGAACAAUGGCCCUCAUCCGCUCCUGACAUGCCUCAGAUUGUUGGAUUGGAUGUGAAAUGCGACAAGAAUUUGAUGAAAGUGAGAAUAGAAUUUGAUAAACCAUUUAACGGGAUAAUAUUUAGCAAAGGACAUUACAGUAACGUUCAUUGCGUUCAUUUACCAGCUGGUCUUGGAAGGACUCACUCCACCUUUGAUGUGUCUAUUAACUCGUGCGGCACAACCGGCAACACUGAGAAUGGAUUGUACGGGUACGGUAGUCAAAGUGGAUCUGGCACUUAUUUUGAAAAUACAAUUGUUAUUCAGUAUGACCCACAGGUUCAGGAAGUGUGGGAUCAGGCAAGGAAGCUCAGAUGUACGUGGCAUGAUCAGUACGAAAAAUCAGUGACAUUCCGUCCAUUCGCAGUUGACAUGCUUGACGUAGUGAGAGCUGAUUUUGCAGGUGACAAUGUUGGCUGCUGGAUGCAAAUCCAAGUAGGUAAAGGGCCUUGGGCUUCAGAGGUUUCGGGCUUGGUAAAAAUUGGACAAACCAUGACAAUGGUUCUUGCCAUAAAGGAUGACGAUAGCAAGUUUGAUAUGAUGGUUCGUAACUGCAUGGCUCAUGAUGGAAAGAGGGCUCCAAUCCAAUUGGUAGAUCAACGCGGUUGCAUCACUCGCCCCAAACUCAUGUCAAGAUUUACCAAAAUAAAAGACUUCGGUGCAUCCGCAUCCGUGCUAUCAUACGCUCACUUCCAGGCUUUCAAGUUCCCAGAUUCGAUGGAGGUACAUUUCCAGUGUACUAUUCAAAUCUGUCGGUACCAGUGUCCUGAACAAUGCUCUGAAGGACUCUCUCAUGGCUACUCAGGAGGAAUUGCCAGCGCCCCCAGAGAUCACAGACGAAAGCGCGCAGUCGAUGACUCCAAUGACGACAAAGACAAUGAAAGUGACAAGGAGACAGACAUCGGCGUCAACAGAGUCAUUCAGGUGGUGUCAACGCGGGACUUGACAUUCAUCUUGGAAAAGAACGGUACUGACGCAGAAGAACUGCGGGAGAUCAUGAAGGAAACAUUGGUCACUUCAGAUGAACACAACGGUCUCGUUUGCAUGUCAACCCCAGGAUUCGCUGCAACGCUCAUCGUUCUUCUCGGAAUCUUGAUUGUUUCAUGCUUAUUAUCAGCGUUUAUGUGCCUUAGGUUCAAAGCAGCUCCAGGAGGUGGUAGCAUUAUUUCUAGUUAUGAGAACCCAGCAUUUUUAAGAAAACAAGAUUGCUUCGAAUUCUAACAGAGCAGUAGCAUUGCCAGUAUUUCGAUUAUUGCUCAUUUAACAUAGAUGAGACGGGAAAUGUACUUUUGAUGCAUGGAUGGUGUGAAAAUUCCCCUCAAUAAGUUUCUUUGUGAACUGACAUAAAUUUCCACCCCUUGGAAGAUUCUCAAGAAAUUCCAGAUGUUUGUGAGUGAUAAUAUUCUUGAUGUGUUGUACAUAUUUAAAGAGCUCGAAGAUACCGCUCAAUUCACUUCGUAGUUAGAGUAGAGAUAAUAUGUGAAAAUUAUUAUUGGAAAAAUGAUGUACAUGCCUAAUAAGAAAAUACCUAUAGAUUGGUUUUAAGCAAUUAAACUUAAAUGAUAAUAGUCCACAUAUCCCUCUAUCUUCAAAGAUCACAUCGCAUUUAAACAUCUUAUUUCAGAGAGUCACUUUUUGUUAACAUUUAUCUCAUAAUUGCUAUUGCCCCGUCAUGGCGUCUUCCUCCAAAUGUACAGCACAUUUUCCAUUCACUUUGCUAUAGUUUUCACGCUGAAGAGCUAAAUAUGAUUUAUUACUAACGAGUAUUAGCGAGAAAAGAGCCAAACAUUUGAGGAGAUUAUUAGGGCAAAUUGAAAAAAAUGAAUAAAUACUGAUGGAAAUUAGUGUUUAGGUUGACAAGCAACUCCUCUUUUCGUAAUUGUUUCUGUCGUAGAGAAAAACAAAGUCAAGGAGGAAGUUCAAACAUGAACAAAAGUUUCUGAAGUUUGAUAUUCUUCAAUGCUUGCAGUUUAGUUGGAAAUUGCGUUAAAAAAAAUAGUAUUCCGUUUUUACUUAAAAAUAGUAUUCCGGAUCCACAGGACCUGUCAUAUAGAAUAGAAUAGAAGUGUCGGUACUGAAGAAAAAUGUCCAAUAAAUUAGUUAGGAUUCAUCGUAAAUCGCAAUCAGUAAACUAGUAAUCAUGUAAUGUUUGCAAAAAAUGACCAAAUUGAAAUAUAUAUUUAUUUUCAUAAUGUAUGUAUUCACAUAUAAUUUGACUGCCGAAACUUGUCUGCAUUUCUAAAUUGUGCACAUCGACAGUAAUUGGCAGCUGGAGACCUAUUUAAAAUAAAACCAGUGUUAUAAUACGAGCACAGCUCUUGAAAUGUCGUAUGAAUACAAACUACGAGUGAGUGAACAAUAUAAUUUCACGUCAACCAUUAAUAUUUUCUAUAGGAACAUUGUUACUAAUCCAGUAUGUAUAUAAUGUUUGGCAUACUUCUUCUUAAGUUUGAUGUGUUUGUUGAGUUGUUGCUUAGUUUAUAUGUUCCGUUGUUGAUUGUUUUUUGAAAGUAUUUAUUUAUUGAAUGAAUGUCGUGUGCCGUUGAUUGUUUUAGGUCUUUGGGUGUGUGAUAAUGUUAUUCCAUUAAAAUAAGUUAAGAGGAUUGUUGAAAGGAAAUUUGUCAACAUUUCAGAUAUGCCAAAUCUAUCGAGUAUAAAAUUUGAUUACAGCUUUUCAAGAGAAUUAAACUAAAAAAAAUGAUUCGUAAGGUUUAAUUUUGACGAGUGGAUUCCGUUUAUAUCUAAUAAAAAGAAUUUUUAAUUGAUAUAAUAUGUACUUUCUUUAUAUUAGUUGCAAUGGCGAUGGCUGGAUAACGUGCGGGCCGUCAAGCCCGUGACGCCAGAACGACAAGGACAACUAGCGGCAUUUGUUAAAUAAAACAUAUGAAGAGA